GGUCACAACAGGGAAGAGGUAAACGUGAGAGUAACACGAAAGCACGGAAGCGUUUUAAAAUUAUGGAAAGCACCAUCAAAACGAAACGUGCGCUGGGACUUAUGAGUGGAACGUCAAUGGAUGGUAUAGACGUAGCGCUUGUGGAUAUUAUAGAACGUGACGACGGCCGUUUAGAGGUACAACAGGUAGUUGCGGAGACCUAUCCCUAUGACAAACAACUACAGGAGGAUUUACGUGCUGUAUGCUCGGGAUGGCGCCUUACUCUUGAAGAACUGUGCGAUUUGGAUGAUCGCGUGGCGGAGGUGUUUGCCCAAACUGCGGUAGCUGUGAUGGACAAGGAGGCAACCAAGCCUGAAUUGAUCGGUUCUCACGGACAGACGGUUUACCACAGACCGCCCGAACGCACGAAGACAGGCGGAACCAGUCUGGGGUACUCCGUACAACUCGGCCGGGGGGCAGUCUUAGCCAAACGAACAGGUGUUGUUGUGGUUAGCGAUUUCCGCAAGGCUGACAUAGAGGUCGGAGGUCAGGGAGCCCCUCUCGUCCCCAUGGUAGACUGGUUGCUACUGACUGACCGCAGGCUAACGCGAACGUCUCAGAACAUCGGAGGGAUUGGAAAUGUGACGUACCUACCCGCUAAUGGCAAACAUCACCAGGUUCUUGGCUUCGACACCGGUCCUGGCAACGUUCUAAUAGACAUGGCUGCACAGUUGCUAUUCAACAAGUCUCACGAUGAUGGCGGUAGACUUGCAAGGGGCGGAAGGAUACAUACGCCAUUAGUGGGAAAAUGGCUAGAACAGGAGUUUUUCCAGAAGCGGCCUCCAAAGUCUACAGGGAGAGAGUUGUACACGAUGGGGUACCUACAAGACAGGAUCAAGGACUGCAGAUCCCAACAGUUGUCAGACAUGGACAUCAUGGCAACAUUGACAGAGCUGACAGUGCAGUCUAUAGCUCACAGCUACAGGACGUUUCUGCGGACAACACCAGAGGAAGUACUAGUCAGCGGUGGAGGAAGCCAUAACAGACAAUUAAUGGACAGACUCCGGGAGGUUUUGAGUCCCAUGAAGGUGACAACAACAGAGUCCGUAGGAAUCAACGUGGACUAUAAAGAAGCUGUGGCCUUCGCUGUUCUCGGAUAUAUGCGUAUGAAAGAACAACACGGAAACCUUCCCAGUGUGACCGGGGCCUCAAGGCAGGUUCUGCUAGGAGAGGUUAGCCAUCCAUAAAAUGCUUACCGAUGGAUGUUGUUUAAGGGCCCG